AUGGUCCUCUGGUUUAUAUGGAAAGCCCGCAAUGGUACCAUCUUCAGAGCAAAACCGCCCGAUCCGAACACAAUUGUAGAUCUCGCACAAGCAAACCUCCAGAAUUUCAGAAGAUGGCACAACACAAACGAAGCUAAGAACCCCACAGACUUGUACUUACCGAGAAGGUGGAGACCGCCGGACAGAGGAACCCUGAAACUAAACGUCGAUGGCUCGUGGGUACCAGGAGAACCGGUUGGAUCCGUCGCCGGAAUACUGAGGAAUCACGCCGGACAAGUGGUGGAUGGCUUCAUCAGCGAUACCCGAGCCUCUUCAGCCAUGCAGAUCGAAACCCUAGCUAUUUUGAAGGGACUGGAGUUUAUGCAUCUGAGAAAGCUUUCGCACAUGGAAGGAGCCGGAACUGAACUAGUUGAAGCAGAGAAAGUGCUAUGUGAGUCUGACUGUUUGACAGCAGUACAAAGUCUUAUGGGCUGGGCCAAACACCCCUGGAAUGUGCAGACCAUCCUUAGCCAAUGCAACAAAAUCCUGGCCCAAUCAAGUGUGAUGCAGGUGGUGUACUGCCCUCGUGAAGCCAAUUCCGCGGCCAACUGGAUAGCGAAGGGUAACAGAACAAAAGCACUCCCUCAAAACUGGAUGUCUAAUCCUCCUCCAAUUCUUUCGGAAAUUUUGUGCUCAGAAUUUUACUUGUCGUCUUCUUGUACUUCUUGA